AUGUUCAUCACCACUUCUCGCUUGGCUUCAGUUGCUCUUGUCCUCUGCUCUGUCCUCUCAGCCAUCUCUGCUGUUCCCACCCCAAACACCUUUACCGCUGAGAACAAGUACAAUCCAAAGUGCCCUCAUAUGUGCAGAGGAGUCGCACCCGUCAACUCGACCUACUACUUUUGUCGUGACGCCCGACUUGGUCCUAAAAAGUUGCCCAAGCUUUUCCCUCUCAACGACAUUACCCAGCCUUAUGACCGUUUCGGAGGUCUCUGUGCAGCCGAGUUCCUUACCAAGUGGACCGUGAAUGGGCAAUACACCUACCCGGACAACGACGGCUUUAUUGUCAGUACCUCGAACGUGUCCAUCAAGGGUAACGCUACUCUCCUACCCGAUACCUUGGUCGACCGCUUCGGCAGCGAAUACGGCUCCUUCCUCUCGCCUGCUGAGGCGCCCUAUCCUCAGCGCGCAAUCCCUCCCUCCAACCUCGCUACCGCCAAAGACCAGCCCCUUUAUCCUUUCAACUACCACGUAUACAAAGUGGUGAAGGCUUUUGUAGUCGAGGCUGGUCCCAUCGCGCCGUACUUUGGUCAACCCGGUGCCGGAACCCAGUACCAUACCUUCAGUAACAUUAUGACUCUCAUCAAGGAUGGAUACAUGGAACGCGUCGACUUGAAGAGCGCUUAG